CUUGGAUCAUGGCGGCGGGGUGAGCACGGGGAGCAACUUUCUGUUGACCGUAUUUUAACAGGAAAGAUUUGCAUAUAGAAGGGAUCGGUGCAUGGCUACGGACGGCAGCAGCUUUAAAUGUCUGGACCCCAUGACUGUUAACCUGUGUUCUGUGACCCGUGCUCGGAUCAAUGUACAAGUGUAAUGGACGUAGGCCUAUAGAAGGUGCGAAGGAGGAGGGGGCGAGGAGGGGGCCGAGCUAACAGUGAGUGGCAGCCGAGCAGAGCAUGUGGCAGACUGGAGGAGAGGGACUCACUGGUGCUGCUGGGGACCAAACGGAGGAGCAGAGCCUGGACCUGACCCGGAGCUCGCCUGGGACCCGUGAAGGCAGCGUCAUGUUCGAUAACUCCAACUACCCCUUCAACUGCUUCAACUACGAUGGAGACGGAUACCCCAACUCCACCUCCGACGAAGACAAGAAAAUGUGCCGCCCGGCUUACAGUUACAUAGCUCUGAUCGCCAUGGCGAUCCAGCAGAGUCCGGAGCAGCGUGUGACUCUGUCUGGGAUCUAUGAGUUCAUCAUGAAGAGGUUCCCGUACUAUCGCUCCAACCAAAGGGCAUGGCAGAACUCCAUCAGACAUAACCUGUCCCUCAACAGCUGCUUCAUCAAGGUUCCUCGGACUGAAGGGAACGAGAAAGGGAAAGGAAACUUCUGGACUUUUGCCACAGGCUGUGAGUCGAUGCUGGACCUGUUUGAAAACGGGAACUUCCGACGUCGCCGGCGCAGGAGGAAUAUGAAGAUGGGCCUACGGGAGGCGGAGCCUCCCUUCCACCCUCUGGAAAGUAACCCACCCGCCCCCGCAUCCCGCCGCUGCCCCCCGGACUCACCCCUGUGCCCCCUCCAUCCAGAAAGACAGCGCCCUCCGCACAACAACAUGGCCGACAGCUCCAGCCAGGGCAAACCAGAGUCUGAGAUCAAGUUCAGUAUCGACUACAUCCUGUCCACUCCAGACCCUCCUCUGCAAGGCUUCAGGACCACCCAUGGGCCACUUCACAUUGCACCCACGGGUGCACCCAUACACGUCCUGGAGCCUCAGCAUCUCAAUCUGCACUUCUGGACUCUAUGAGAGAGAGACAGGAGCCCGGACUGAGUCAUGUGUGCUCAUUAUGAGUCUGGGAGCACUGGAAAACAACAUGAACAAAAACAAUCUGCCAAAUGUAAAUGAAGCGUCCAAGUCGCUCACAUGGGGCUGGUACAUGUUGUGUAAACUCUGCAAUGUGAAUACUACAGGCCAGUGCAGCCACAGCACUCGUGUUGUUAUAACCAUGUUUGGUGUUGAGUGUUAGUAUUAGAAUAUUCGGUUUACAGGGUCUAUGUGUAUGCUCUAAAUUAGAAACUAAUUAUAAAUACUUUACUGAAUUAUUAUUUUAUAAAUAUACUGAAUUAAAAAUAUUUUUAAUUCAGUGUUUAUAUCAUUAAAAAAAGUUUAAGAAUUUCAAAGAACAUUGGGAAUUGGUAUUGUUUAUAUUUAUGUCUUACCACCAUUUUAAGAGAAAAAUAACAUUAUAUGAUAUUUGGAUUUAAUAUUUAUGUAUAAUUUUCAAAACAAUUACAUUUAAAAAAUAGAUAAAUCAAAAAAUGAAUAAUGAUAAGAAUAUAAACCCAUCAAUCUAAUUACUACUACAAAAGAUAUAAUUUUAAGUCAAGGUUUAUCUAAACCCUAAAACCCUGAUCAUAAAUCAGAUUAUUUAGUGUAU